GCCUGCCGAAGGGAACCUACGGAGGCCUAGGGGUGAGAAGGCUGACCCGGGUUAGGAGUUUGAAAGUGUCACGGGGAACAGUGGAGCAAGUGAGCAUCGGCCCCUUCUCCCUGCUCUCCUUUAUCCUUAGGGGUCGGUAGCUGUCGGCCCAGGGCCUGGUGUAUGGCCAUGGACUUACGGGGUUCGGACUCCAUACCCGGUCAAAACCAUCAAGUAAAUUCUGUCUUUACCCCAAGCUCCGAGCCGCUGCGACCUGGCGGCCGGAUCUCAGAUCAAGCCGGGGGAAACAGCGCUUCUGAGGCCAAGCCGACUCUCCCUACAGGGCAAGCUCAUUCUAGUGAACCCGCUGAACGGGACCCUCAGGCGUGCAGCACAGCCAGCCUCAACUCAGAGAGCAAAGGUGGCAUUGGCAACUGUGACGCACCAGCCGGCGAAUCCCUCCUAGGGAACUACGAACUCUCCCAGCAGAUCGGGACGCAGCUUAAACUGCUGCCGAUGAAUGAUCAGAUCCGGGAGCUGCAGACCAUCAUCCGGGACAAGACAGCCACUAGAGGGGACUUCAUGUUUUCUGCAGAUCGUUUGAUCAGACUUGUUGUGGAAGAGGGGUUGAAUCAACUGCCAUAUAAAGAAUGCAUGGUGACCACCCCAACAGGGUACAAGUAUGAAGGAGUGAAAUUUGAGAAGGGAAAUUGUGGGGUCAGCAUAAUGAGAAGCGGUGAGGCAAUGGAACAAGGUUUACGAGACUGCUGUCGAUCUAUACGAAUUGGAAAGAUCCUGAUUCAGAGUGAUGAGGAAACACAAAGAGCCAAAGUAUAUUAUGCCAAAUUCCCUCCAGACAUUUACCGGAGAAAAGUUCUUCUGAUGUAUCCAAUUCUCAGCACUGGAAAUACUGUAAUUGAAGCUGUAAAGGUUCUUAUAGAACAUGGAGUUCAACCCAGUGUUAUUAUCCUACUCAGCCUGUUCUCCACUCCUCAUGGUGCCAAAUCAAUCAUUCAGGAGUUUCCAGAGAUCACAAUUUUAACUACUGAAGUUCAUCCUGUUGCACCUACACAUUUUGGACAGAAAUAUUUUGGGACAGACUGAGUUACCAAAGACAAAUUAAUUAUCUUGUGUAAUAUUACAGUUAAUGUUUUGAGUUUCUACCUGUUUUACGAAUUCACUUGAAGAAUGGCAAAGAAAAUUAUGCUUUAUAAUUUUUGGAAGUGGGUAUAGUAAAAGUUAUUUACUGUACUUUAAUGUAUUUGGUUGUUUCUUGACUGUUGGCACCAAAUUCAACAAUGCAGCACACACAACUCUUAGAAAAUAUUUUAAUAAUAUUCUAAUGCAAGUUGAUGAUCCCUCAGUGCAUUGACACUGUUUCUUAAUUUUUGAACCUCUCAGUUUGGAUGUUGUUUGAAGCCACAAAUAAAACCCAAUGGGAUUCUGUUCUUUGGCCCACUCUACUUUACAUUUUCUUUAGUUUGCUUUUAGUUCUAGGGAGAUUUCAUGUUUAUGACUGUUGUCACCUUCUUCUCCUCUUUACUUCCAAGUACUAUACAUGCUGGUAACUUGGGCAGGGUGAAAAAAGAAUGCCUCCUGGAAUUUUACAUUUCGUUAAUAUCCUCACUCAAUUAGCAGACCAAGAAUAUGUAGUUAGCUCUUCAGUCAAGCCAUUAAUGUUCUCCAUGGCUCAGUUCCCAUCAUGUGCAUUGUUGGUAGGUGCCUUGCCAAGCGUAAUGCAGUGAAGAGAUGAUGGAGCAUUUCCAGCAACUGGAAAUAUAACAUUAAUUUGCAUAGAUAGAUUGAGCCAGGGAUAUCUGGAUGCUGACAAGGGACGGCUAAUUACUGUUAAUGUCAUCAAUGCCCUAGAAAAGGAAUUGGUGGUGAUUUUUCUGAGGUAUGGGGAAGAACAGUUUCUUGCUGAGUUUUAUGGCCAGUAAGUACAUUAAAAUGCUACGUUUUCAAUUUGUAUAUUUCAUAUGAUUUGGAAAUGAGUUAUUUUGCAUGCCUGUCAACUGAAGAUGUAUUAAAAUUAAAAACACCAUAUUUUAUAAAUUCUCCAGUUAUAUAUGUGUUCAUAUUUAGGCCUUGAAAAGGAAGAUAAACUGUUAUAGAAAACAAUAUUUGUGUUUGGAAACUUGCUUGUAAAAUCCUGAUCUCACUUUACAUUGAUAAUAAACAUUUUAACAGUG